AUGAUCGAAGCAGUGUACAUCACAGACAUAUCAAACACGUUGGUGUUUGAGUAUUGCGAUAGUUUAUCACUACCUAAAUUCAAGACUUUUCUCCCCAAAUUAUCCAACCUUGAAACUAAUCAAGUUGGCCUUGAAAGCUCACAAAUUGACACACCAACUAAAAUCACCAUCAACUCAAAUUACUAUGUAGUUGGCCAUAACCACUUGUCACUACAUUUUUACGUCUUGUGCUCCGAGGGUAAAACGGCAUCCAAUCCACUCAUUCCACAUACAUUUAUUUUACGAUUGAUAGAAACGUUGGAAGACUACUUUGAUGAAUUGACUAGGAGCAAGAUUGAAGCCAACACUGAUAUAAUCACGCUUAUUUUGUACCAGAUGCUCGAUGAUGGAAUGCCUUAUAUAACAGAUUUCAACAAGAUAAGAGAUUUGGUGAGCCACACGUCCCUCCUUUCCAAGAUUAUCAAUGAAGCAUCAAGAACUACUGGGUUACAACCGGAAGUUAAACAAAGUUUUGCCACUGAUAUACCGUGGCGGAGAAGUGACGCACGUCACACAAGCAAUGAGAUGUACGUCGAUGUUAUGGAAACGGUGAAUUUGAUUUUAAAGCCAAUUGUAGCAAAAUCGAAAUUGGAACAGUAUGAUUCGGCUUUUUAUUCGAGCAAAGCUGACAACCAGGUGGACAAUUAUGUUUUGAGUGGAUGCAUUGAUGGCCAAAUCGACUUUUUCAGUAAAUUAAGUGGGGCACCUACCUUGGAACUAGUUUUGAACAAAGUGGGAUCGAACUUGAGCUUGCUUCGUUUCCAUAGAUGCAUCAACAUGGAUUUAUUCAAGGAAAGGCGUGGAGUUCUAUCAUUCAUUCCACCCGAGGGGAAAAGCACAUUGAUGAAGUACCAAAUUGACUUGAAUGAGCUAAAGAGUAAUCGGGAAAAGACGAGUUUAUUAAAAUUGAGCACAAUUGAUGUUCAGUUUUUAGUUGAACCACAGUCGUCCGAGUUUGAAAUAAAGUUGUUUCCCGCAAAUAUGAUUACUAAGAUUGACUAUAUCAAAGUGGAAAUUGUAUGUGAGGACGCCAAUGAUCAAGUGAAGGUGAAUAGAAUCAGUUAUGGCGAUUUUCAAACUCGUUUAUCGGGCAAGCACGAGUGGUGUAUAAAAGACUUGAAAAAGGGUGUAGUUCCCACAUUCAAUGGAACAAUUGUUGAACAAAUCGAGCAAGACAAGGAAGAAUUGGAAGGGCAGACGACUACUCAUAAACGACCUUUGCAUCUAAAGUUAGAUUAUAGUCAUAAAGGUCCAGUGCCUAGUGGAUUGAAAGUCGAUAGUCUUUUAGUAGUCAAUGCAAAAGGCUUGGGGGAGAAUGCUAAACCUUACAAAGGAGUCAAGUAUGCUACAAAGAGUGGGGACUAUAUAGUGAGAUCGUAA